AUGGCUACAGACGCUCUCCAAGAUGUCCGUCCCAUGUUUGAGCUCCGCGAACGAAACUACAUCGUCACUGGUGGAGCUCAGGGCAUUGGUUUCGCUUGCACGCGAGCCAUUUGCGAAAUGGGCGGCAAUGUUGCGGUGUUAGAUAUCCAAAAAGAGCCUACUGCCGAGUUCAACACGUUGAGUGAAAAGUUCUCUGCCAAGACUGUUUACAUCCAAACGGAUGUCACGUCACAGGAGAGCAUCAAUGCGGCUUUCGACAAGGUAUUGAAGGAGUUUGAGACUAUCGACGGUGUUGUACCCGCUGCGGGUAUCGCUAUUGAUAAGCCGUUCCUGGAUCAGACCUGGGAGGAGUUUACCCGCAUCCAAGACAUUAAUGUACGAGGAACAUUCUUUGUGGCUCAACUUGCGGCCCGCCAGAUGGUUAAGCAAGGCACAGGCGGAAGCAUGGUCCUCCUCGCCUCCCAGUCCGCACACAUCGGCCUUCCCGGCUACCGCAUGGCGGCAUACAACGCCUCAAAGGGCGGUAUCUUCAUGCUUUCCAAAGCCUUGGCCGUCGAGUUAGCACCAAAGGGUAUCAGGGUGAACACCAUCUCUCCAGGAUUUGUGGAUUCUGAGAUGACGCGGACUGUUCGUGAGCUUAAGAGUAAGAGGGAGGGAGAACAAAUGUGGUUGGCGCCACCGAAUCAGAGGUUGAGUACACAAAAUGAUCUUACAGGGGCGGUUAUUUACUUGCUGAGCGAUGCGGCGAGACAUACUACGGCAGCGGAUAUUCCGAUUACUGGCGGAUUGCAUGCUGGUACUAUUGAUGGAUUGAUUAGUUAUGAGAACAACUAG